AUGCUAGUCUGGAUCGUCCUGCUGCUUUUUGCAGCAGAUGCCGUCUCUCAUGAGGACUUCGAUGGCUGCAAAAACAAUCCAUGUCAGAAUGGCGGUGUUUGUGUAAGGAACAAAGGCAAUUAUGCUUGCCAAUGCUCUAACCAUUCUCAAAAUGGGCAACUGUACGGUGGGCCAAACUGCACGGUUAUACUGCAGGGCUGUGAGCGCCACAGAUGCCAAAAUGGUGCCAAAUGCUCUCCUUUUCUCAGCAGUGGUCGACACAGAUACCGUUGCACCUGCCAUGAAGGUUACACGGGCCCAAGGUGCGAGAUAUCCACCACAUUCUCUUUUGAAAAAAGUGGAUUUCUACACAUCAAAACAGACCUCGAAGACACAGUGGCACUUCUGAACACUACUUUGAGUUUUCGGACUGUGCAAAAAACAGCGACUUUACUGCGCUGCAAAGUGGAAGAGUACGUUCUCACGCUGCAGUUGCAAAACGGCAGACUGCGUCACUCCAUGCAAUGGGGCAACAGCAGCAAAUCAGAUCUGGUGGACGUUUUUCAGGAUGUAGCUGAUGGCAAUUGGCAUACAGUGCAGGUUUACAUGUAUGGAAGUGUGCUAGGACUCGAUUUGCAUGACCCAGUGUGCACUGCGAAAACCUGCCACAAAAAAGUGCUAGUGGAACUGGAUCUGGGGUCUGGGUCAGGGCAGUCCUCUUUCACUCAGGUACAGAGCGUCUAUAUAGGUGGAACAGGGAGUGGACAAGUAAAUCCAGAAUCCUCUUUCCUGGGCUGCAUGAGGGAUGUCUAUAUUCAGUCCCACCUGGUGGUUCCAGAGUUAAAGGUUAGAGCUGAGCAGUUCAGCAUGACUUUGGGCUGCAGGGAAAGUGAUGGCUGUGAGGACAAUCCAUGUAGGAACAGGGGGAAGUGCGUCAGCUUGGGAUGGAAGAAACACAAGUGUGUGUGCCAUCGUCCCUACGAAGGAAAGGUCUGUUCUGAGGAACACAUUGCUGCACGGUUUGGAAAUGAAGAUGUGGAAAGUUAUGCAAUUUUUCAUGUGGACGAUGACCCCGUGGACACUUUCACCAUCUCCAUGUUCAUUCGCACACGCCAUGUAAACGGUCUGCUCCUCGUUUUUUCCAACAGCACGAGCCAUUACAUGCACGUAUGGCUGGACGGCGGGAAGAUCAAUGUUCAGGUGAAUCAUUUUGAAAUCCUGCAGGGUCAUGACAGAGUCAACGAUGGACAUUUUCACCUGGUGAGCAUGCACGUGGAGCAUGGAACACUCGCGCUCGUACACUCAGCUAGGACUCAGGCCUUGACGGCCAGCCAAGGUUUGAUGAUCCGUUCAGGUGACACGAUUCAUGUAGGAGGCUUAGAGGAUCGAAAAGCCUCAUUAGCAUUCAGCGGCUACUUUAAAGGAUGCAUCCAGGACCUGCGUCUGAACUUUAAUUACCUGCAGUUUUACCCGAUCAGCACACCACUGACUUCCUACAGGCUUAACACAAUGGUGCAGAUCACACAGGGCUGCACGGGAGAUAAUUACUGCAGGAUGAAGCCCUGUCUGAAUGGCGGUGUGUGUUACUCCAUGUGGGAUGAUUUCACCUGCAGCUGCCCUCCGAACACAGCAGGACAACGAUGCGAGGAGCUGAAGUGGUGUGAGCUUUCACCGUGUCCAGUUCCUGCAGUCUGUCUCACACAGACUCAGGGUUUCGACUGUGUUACAAACGUCACUGUCCGGGAAGGAAACCCCAUCAUCGUGUUUAGAGGUAACGGUGAAAUCCACCGCCCGCUCCGCAGCGUGUCGCUGACGUUCCGAACGAGGAGGCGGGACGCUUCGCUACUGCACGCGUCACGAGAAAAUGACUUCAUUACACUUUUCCUCAAAGACGGACGACUAGCUCUGGAGCUGCAGAGUGGCUCAAACAUCUCACUCCGGGUGCAGAGCCGCCGCGUAACGGUGAAUGAUGGACGUUGGCAUAGUGCCGUCCUAAGCAUGAACAACCCAUCCACCCCUACCUCAAGAUGGUCCAUGGUCCUUGACAAGCGCAGAGACCAAGCAUCCAUCUCCACCACCUCUUCUGGAGAUCUGGACUUCCUCAGGGAAGACACAGACAUCCUUCUGGGAGGCUGGGACCUCGAUACCGGGGCCGAUUUGGAUGGAUGUUUAGGUUUGGUGAAAAUCGGUGGUCUCGUUUUGCCAUUUUAUGCAGAAACAGAUCUUGGUAUGCCCAGACCUCAGAAGGAAAAGUUCUUGAGGAUGUCUGGAAUGCUGACCCUAGGAUGUUGGGGCUCUGAUAUUUGUAAUCCGAACCCUUGCCACAAUGGAGGCCAGUGUGAGGAUCUUUUCGACCUCUUUAAAUGUCGAUGCCCAGCUGAUUGGCAUGGUCAGAUUUGUGAAGUCAGGACUGAUGCCUGCUACUCGAACCCUUGCCUUCAUGGAUCCUGUGUCGUCGUUAAUGAAGGAUACGAGUGUGUGUGUGAGUCAGGAUACGUCGGUCGGCGCUGUGAAAGGAAAGAGGACGUGUGUGUGGGACACAAGUGUCGUAAUGGAGGCACCUGCCUCAGAGGAAUCAAGCAGUACGCCUGUCUUUGUCCGAGAAACACAACCGGAGCUCUCUGCCAAGAACGGAUGCCAGAAAUGCCUUGGUACAUCGACAGGCUUCCGUCUCCCAGGCUGCCGGUGUCCAUCUGCGGGAAUGACAAGUGGACUUACAGCUGCUUUAAUGGUGGAAACUGCUCCAUGUUUGAGAACAAGUGUGAAUGCCUGUCUGGUUUUAGUGGACACUGGUGUGAGCUGGAGCUGGACGAGUGCGCGUCCGGCCCGUGUCUGAACGGCGGCUACUGCCGCAACCUCAUCGACAGAUUCCACUGUGUGUGUGAGAUCAGCUUCGCCGGCGAGCGCUGCCAGAUCGACAUCAGCGAUUUCUACCUCUACGGUUUCCUGCUGAUGUGGCAGAAUAUCUUCCAGCUGCUCUCCUACCUCAUCCUGCGCAUGGACGACGAGCCUGAGAUUGAGUGGAACGCCGCCAACGAGGAGUAACGAAAAAGACCACAGGAGUGAGUGACGAUGGACAAGAGACGGGAUGUCUAAAUAAGGGAGGGUGGGGGAUUUGUGAGAGACACGGCAUGACAGUAGAAACAAUUACGUCAUUCAUAACGAGUGCGUUUUAGAAACAAAAUAGACGGUGUAAGUGACACGCAUUUAAAACGAAAAGUGCUCUCAGAAAUAAAGAACAGUUUUAAACAAGAGACUUUUUCAUCUGAAGAUGUUUGUUUUCAUCAGUUUUAUUCCACUUAUACCACAUCAGGUUGCCAAGUGUUCGUUUAUUCCUGAAGGUUUUUUAUUCAUUUAUAGAGUUUAACGUUUGAAACGUCCAAGUGAGCUCCUCAUAUUCUGGAAAUCAUAUCCUGGGUUUGUCAAAACUGACAGAAACCCAGUUUUAAGUAUUUUUAAUGAACAAAAAUCUUGACUUUGAUUUAUCAUCCAGGAAAAUAAAUGUUGCAAACCUAAACUUUCCAAAUGUACAGUACCUGCUUUCUCACUAUACCAAUUACUUCAGGAGACUUUUUUAAAAAAAACAUCAAAAUAUAGAUUUGUUUCCAGGAUUUACAUUUCCUCCUAAAAUCCCGAGCCAUAUACAGGUCUGCUUUAGCCUCAGAGAUAUUUCUGAGCCUGUGGUCUUGUAUUCCAAGUAUGCCUUCCGUCUGAAUUUAGUGUUUACUUUGGCCUCGAAACCUCUGAGAAGUGUUGACUCCAAACCGGUCCCUAUUCCCUUAAAAGGCAAAGUGCACAAGGGUCUGAAUGAGUGACGCAAUCGUGUUUCAUACAACAUCUCCCCCUAUCAUCCUGACCCAGAAUUACAUUCCUCAUGAAAGGCUGAAUUUAGAAGGAUGUGUCUUGUUUUUAAGGCGCAGUGUAUCUAAGCCCUAUAUAGGGGUCCACUAGCACGUCCAGCCCUGUAAAUCAUUUGUCUGUUUUUGACAAAUGGCUUCAUAUGUAAAAGCUUACCAGGUUGAGGUCUGAGAGAAUAAACAUAGAUGUAGAUUACAUCUCCACUGUGAUGACCUGAGAGGAACAAUGCCUUUACCACACCUUUCCUACAGGACACCUUCCUACAGGAAGGAAAGUACGCUUCAUUUCUGUUUUAAACACAUUUAUCAAUCUGUCUGAGAAAAAAAAGUGGUCCAAACAGUUGAAUGCCCCAGAACUCCAUGAACCUGGAUGUUAUCUAGGCU